GUUAAAUGGAUAUGUGGGCUUCAUUUGAAAAUUUCUCAACAUUUCAUUAAAGUGGAAGUACAGUUUAUUACUUUGUAUUAUUAUUUAAUCCCCAACAGGCCAACACUUUGUCUGUUUGACAAUGUUGCCUUUGAAAGUUAAAGAUGAAAUUACUUGUGUAUCUCAUUGUUAUGAGCAUUGGAAGAUAUGAGUGUAAUAAAAUAGAUGCAGAGGAAAACCUACCCACAUUGUGCCACGGUAAAAUAUAUAUAAAGGGUGACUCUGUAUGUCUGUCAGUCAGGCUGCAGAAUAUUGACGAUACAGAAGUCUGACUUCUUGUCGAUGUCUACAAUAUUGGUGUAACCAUUGCAAUGCUGUCGCCAUGCAUGUUCAUAACCAGUGUGGUUAAAAGAGGCAUUUGCCCCCUGAAAAUAUUUAAAAUUGGUGGAUUUUCAGGGGGGUAAAUUGCCCCUCAUCAGCUGACUGGCUGGGAACAUGACAAGUGCAUAAAAAUUGCAAAUCAUAAAAAAAUUGCAGCUGUUAUGGCUGUGUCCGUCUUGUGUAUAGUUUAUACUCUGUAGUCAGGUGGUCUGUCGAUCUAUUAGGCUGAUCCAACGGUUAGCCAGCCAGGCAGUCACUUGGUUGGUCAGACCGGCGGUACAUCUGUUAGCCUGGUUGUCAGCCAGUCUGAUCACCUGGAUCAUGGUAUAAUUAUUUUUUUCUCCACUUUUAGUAUGUAAGCAUACAGUUGAUGAAUUCUUGAAUGAACUUUUUGCUUCAAAUUCCAAGGAUAUUUUAAAACUUGGACAUGUUUUACAAUCAGAAGAACGUCAAAAAAAGAUAGUUUACGAAAAGUCGUAAGUAGUAUGGCAAUGCUUGUAACAUGGUACAAUAAACUUUGAAAACAAACACCCAUGCAACUUUAACGUCCACUACUCGACAUUUUAGAGAAUUGCGAUUGAUAGAAGCACUUGAAAAUACUUGCAAGAAUCUUAGAAAUUACAAAGUCCACAAAGACAGGCACAAUCACUUAAGAUAUUCAAAAGGUAGUACUCAUGUACAUGUUAUAAAGUUUGCAUUUUUAAAUUGAAACACAAUCAGCUACCAAGUGUGUUUUUAUCAAAAUUUUUUGAAGCAGGAAAAUUAUGGAAUGCUUUUUCCAGAUGAGAGUGCGACAUUCCAGACUUUGAAUGAGCUCAGAGAACGUGGAGUGAAGGUUGAUCUUGGCUUUCCAGAUGAAAUGUGGGAUACGCCUGAUGCAGAAGUUGUCAGGUUGAAAACACAGGUGCGACCCCCUUCCCCCCCAAACAUAAAUUUUGGGAAGUUUAUGAAGGAAGUUUAUGAUUCUAAUUAAGAGUUGUUUAUAUUCCAUGUUUUCAUAGUGUGAAAACAUGGUUGAAGAAUAUGAAGAAGAUUUAAGUGAAUGGUAUUAUAACCACCAAGCCAACAAUCUCCAUGACUGGUUAUGUAGGAGUCGUGUUUUAAGAGGAAAACAGAAAAAUAAAGGUAUUGCAUGGUACAGUUUCCUAUAAUAACGUAACCAUACAAGGUUUUGUUGGUGUCUCAUUCAAUUGAAUAGUAGUUGAAGGGUAUUAAACAGUAGAAGUCUACAAGGUCUAUAGGUGAAUGUAUAUUGGGUCUGUCUUUUAAACAGAUUGUUUGCAAGAUUUAAGUGGAGCCAAAGAAAAUGAAAAAAAGAAUAAAGUAAAGAGUAAAAGAAAAGCACAUUCUGGCAAGAAGGUGACAGAUAAAACUAAGGGCAGUAAUGAGAAUAAUGACAUCAGUGGAAAAAACAAUGAAUUCAAAAAUGGAAAGAAAAACUCUAGCUUGAAAAGGAAUGGAGAUGAGAUAUCUGAACGUGGCGAGCUGUGAGAAACCACAACGGAUAGAACUCAAUAUGAUUGGCCCAUUACUGCUGAUUCACGUACCUGAUUGGUGGAGAUACAAGCGCGGGAAAAUUUUUUUGGAGCAACAAAAACACUGUUCUGCUUUUUGAAUACUUAUCGUAUUGCUUAUACAGUAGCGGAAUUAUAAAAUUAUAUUCUGUAGUACACAGCAAACUCGCAUCAAUUCGAAAAGAAAGAAAGAAUAUAAAAGGUACUGUGCUAUGAAGUGUAAAAAAACAUUUUUAACAAAACGAAAUUCUAAAUCACACGUAAACAAAAAAGUUGCAAAAAUAUGAAUGUGUUGUAAUUGCAAUGUUGAGUAAAAAAUUGCUUUCUAAUUGAUUAAAUUUACAAAU